AUGAAUCCCAUUGCUAUGGCCAGAGCGCGAGGUCCUGCCCAGAAUUCGGGACCAACAAUACAAGACUACUUGAACAGGCCAAGACCAACAUGGGAAGAAGUGAAAGAGCAACUAGAAAAGAAAAAGAAAGGAUCCAGGGCUUUGGCUGAAUUUGAAGAAAAGAUGAAUGAGAAUUGGAGGAAAGAACUGGAAAAACACAGGGAGAAGUUACUGGGUGGAAAUGAGAGUUCCUCCAAAAAGAAAGAGAAAAAGGAGAAGGAAAAGAAGAAAUCUAGUAGGUUGUCUUCAUCUUCCUCUUCUUCAUCAAGCUCUGAUUCUUCCAGCAGUUCAUCUGAUUCAGAAGACGAGGAUAAAAAACAAGGGAAGAAAAGGAAGAAAAAGAAGUAUCGCUCCUCACGGAAAUCUUCAGCAAGCUCAACUUCUGAUUCUGAGUCAGACAGCAAGGACACCACGAGAAAGAAAAGGUCAAAGGAAGAUUAUGAAAAAGAGAAGGAAGGCAAAAAUCACCACAGGAAACGGAAAAAAGCUGAUCGUGGUGAUGGACCUUUAUCAUCUGAAUCCGUAUCAGAAUCAGAUCAGACGGAGGAGGUGCAAGCAAAAAAGAAGAAAAAUAAUGAGGAAAAAGAGAAAACAGCAAGUAUCCCUCUUACUCAUGCUGUAGAUUUAGGAUAUAAAUACUCCGUACUUGAACUACCGGCACCUGUAUGGUACCGGGCAGGCGAGCAGUUUGCUGGGCAGGCGGCAGCGCUCUCCCUCAGCAGUGCUGUGUAUAGUCCUUCUUCGGCAAGUCCCCUCCGCCAGACCACGGAGGGGACAGCAUCUGCACUAGCACCUGCCCGUAGCCAGAUAAAAAGCCGGGAGCAACCUGUUACUUUUGUUGAUGUGGAAGAUUUGUGUCUGUUGGUAGAGAAGUGA